GGCUGGGCUGAGGGCAAGGCUCACUCACCUUGGGGUUCGAGACCCCGCCCCGCCGCUCCCAGCCGCUGGGGCCUUUGGUUUAGGGGGUCGUGGACAAGGAGCCAGAGGUCAACUCGGACUUUGUAAACAGGAUAUGGCGCCAGGGCCCGGCCGGGAGGUGCAGAGUCGAGGAGGCUGGGGGUAGACUCUCGUGGGGGGCAGGGUGCUUGGUAAGGCAGGAGGACCAACCGGGAUUUCGUGGGCUGGAAGUGGGCUGGCGCCUACUUCCGGUGCCAGGCUUCUGGGCGGCACUGGACAGUGGACUCUGACCCAGGACUUGGCCGUCCUGCCCUCUGCCUCCCCCAGACCCGGCACUGUUACUGCCGCCACCAUGCUGACCCCCAGGACUGCACUCUUCUUGACUCUGCUCUUGGCUGGGGGCUCCCUGAGCCAGAGGGCUCGGAGACCCCCUCGGCCAGCGUCCCCCAUCAGCACCAUCCAGCCGAAGGCCAACUUCGAUGCUCAGCAGUUUGCAGGGACGUGGCUCCUUGUGGCCGUGGCCUCCUCGUGCCGCUUCCUGCAGGAGCAAGGCCACCGGGCUGAGGCCACCCUACUGCGUGUAGCUGCCCAGGGCACAGCUAUGGCUGUCAGCACCUUCCAGAAGCUGGAUGGGAUAUGCUGGCAGGUGCGGCAGCUCUACUCAGACACGGGAGUCCCCGGCCGCUUCCUGCUCCGAGCCCGAGGUGCCCGCAGGGCAGUGGACGUGGUCGUCGGGGAGACAGACUACCAGGGCUUCGCCGUCCUGUACCUGGAGCAGAAGCAGCGGCUGUCGGUGAAGCUGUACACCCGCUCGUUCCCGGCAAGUGACUCGGCCCUGAGUGCAUUUGAGCAGGGGACCCAGAGGGCCAACCUGACCGAGGGCCAUAUCUUGUUCUUCCCCAAGUAUGGUAAGCCUCCCCCAGUGGCCAGCCUUGUCCUCCCCCUGUGUGCCCUGCCCCAGCCACUCCUGACCCCUGCUUGGGCCUUCAGGUUUCUGCGAGGCCACAGACCAGUUCCACAUCCUAGAUGAAACAAGAAGGUGAGUCCAGGCGGCAGCCCUGACCUUAGAAGGAGUGAAGACCCUGAAGAGGGUGGCACCUGCUACCCCACUCAGAGCCCCGGGGCCGCACGGGGUCAGGGCCACCCCAUGGGGGGACGCUCUCCCGUGUGUGCCCCGAAGCUGCCCGUCACCCACAGAGCUCAGGAGCAUUACCUUCAUUAAACGCUGUCCAGCUUGGCCCCUGACUCCUUCCUUUCUGUGUUGGGCCCGG